AUGUCUCUAUUAAGCAGGCUGCUGCAGCCUGCAGGCUCAGCAGCAGCUGCACCACGAGCAGCAGCAGCAGCAGCAGCACUCGGGUCUCUGUUUCUUUACCUCUGUCUCUUCGAGGGGGGACUGUCUCCUUCUGCAGCGCUCCCACUGGGCGCCCCUUCAAGCAGCACUCCGCUGUCUGUCUCCUCUCCAUGGAGACCUGCUGCUGAAAGAGGAGAAGGGAGACAGCCUUGGUUGUCUCCUGCUGCUGCUGCUGCUGACGAUGCAGCACCGCAUCUCUGGGAAGAAGGCCUCCCGCUGCUAGCAGCAAAAGGAGACAGUCCCUACUCCUAUCUCCAGCAGCAGCAGCAGCAGCAGCAGCAGCAGCACGGCCGCGCAGUGUAUCGACACAUGUGGGGCCAGGAGACAGUCCCUCGCGUCUUUUACACCGCAGGAGCAGCAAAGACCGGCGAUGCAGCAGCAAGUGCAGCUGCAGCAGCAGCAGCAGCAGAAGAGGAGACAGUUGAGGGCUCCUCGGGCGCUCUGAGAGGCUCUUUCAUAGAAAAGUCGGUGACAACUACAAAUACACCUUCUGCUUUUACUGUCUCCGAUCCCUUUGCUCCUUGGGUCCCUCCCCCUCCUCCUCCGUCUCCUGCAGCAGCAGAGACACCUGAAAAAGCUGCAGAGACACCUGAAAAAGCUGCAGAGACACCCCAAGAGACUGCAGAGACACCACCGGAGCCUCAGAAGGAGACUGCUAAACCAGCAGGGCCUGAGCAGGCGCCAGAAGCAGCAACAGAGGAACAACCUGCUGCUAAGGAGACACCUGCUCCUGCUGCAGCAACAGAGGAGGAGAAGGGGACAGAAGCAGCAGAACAACAGCCCUCAGAGGCUGCUGCACCUGCACCUGCUGCAGCAGAAGCAUCUGCUACUGGCCGGGAAGCAAUGGAGAGAGAGGCUCAGGAAGUAGCAGAGCAGCUGCAGAAGCAAGAGCAGCAGCGCGAGGAACAGCAGCAGCAGCAGCAGCAGCAGCAGCAGCAGCAGGAGAGCUCGGAUGAGGGGCGACUAGGGAGGAGGAGAGAAGCAGCACAAGGCAAAAAAUCCUUAGAAAAGGCCUUAGCUCAGAAAAUUGAAAAGCUGAAGCUAACAGAUCAGGAGACAAAAGAAUUCGUAGACACAAAAGAGGUUGCAAAGAACGUACGGAGACUUGUGGGGCUGAAGGCAGGCUCCAGUCUCCACCUCGAAAAUCAAAGACUUAUAAAGCCAUGGUCAUGUAGCCUAAUGGAGAAGAGAGUACUUAGAGGAGGAGACCUUUUCUCAAAAGAAGUUAUGGAGACUGCCUUCAGACAAAUCGCUCAUAUUGCUAUCGUUGAUGUUAUUCUUUGGGGCUGCAUGCAAUCCAACGUUGCAGCCAUUCUUGAUGAACUCGUCUUUGGAGAUGUGAUGCCUCAACACCGUGACGCAGAUAUUGUACUCGAAAAUGUGUCUCCGAUGUUAGAGGUCUUGUUUGAAGAGUUAUUCUUUGUCGCUAUUUUGCUGCUUAUUUGGUACGUGGUGUUUGUAGUGCUGCUGCAGUGUCUGGUUCGUCAGCUAGCUGCCUGGAUGCGAGCUGUUGAUGAAGAAGAAGAUGUGCAGCUAGCAGCACAGAAGGCGGAGGCAGCAGAAGCCUCUUGCUUCGGCCGCUGUCUCCGUUCUCAGGAUAUCUCCAAGGCUUGCUUCUUAGCGCAUAGGUAA